UGCACCGAUGACGUCACCAACAGGAAGAGCAGGUGAGUCGCUGACAGGUUAAAUCAGUGACGCAGCGGUUGAGCUGGUGAGCGCGACCAGAUCUUUCCUUUAACUGUGUGAACCUGAACUGGGACCGGACCGGUUCUCUGACUGAUGCCGUUGGAGGUGUGGGGAGGGGGUCAGAGCGGAGAGUGAUGGAGGAAGCUCGGCACAUUGUGGAGGAGGUGUUGGCUCUUUGUCUCCAGAGGAUCACCAUGGAGGAAACCACCAUGAGCACUGAACGCGAAUUCAUGCAGGUGGUGAAAAGCUUUGAGUCGGUGAGGAAGCGAUGGCUUCACGCCGAGCUGGAGCUGAAGAAAUACAAGGAGCUGCUGGUGAAGUCGGACGUGGCCAAAGCUGCUCUGGAAGUCAAGCUGAAACACGCUCGAAACCAGCUGGAUGUGGAGAUGAGGAAACGCUACAAGAUGGAGGGAGACUACCACUACCUGCAGAGGCAGAUGCAGCUCAUGUGUGACAUCCUGGUCCACGACAGUAAAUCCAGCGCCUGUUUGAACGCAGAGCAGAAGUCUCUCUUGGCCACGUUUGAACACAAAGGAGGCAACACGACUCUGCACCGAAGCAGCAAACGGUUGUGUGUGAUUGACGAGUCGUCUUUCCUGUCCCACUCUGAUAUCAGCUAUGACCGGACCGAUGAUGAUGUGGAUCUGGACACAACUUCCAUUAAACCCCUGAGAUCUCGAGCCAGAGAGAGAAGGCGGUCGUCCAUGGGUCUGCCAGUCGGCGCUCUUGUUGGGAAGCGGGGGAGAAGUGGGAAUAUGUCUGCAGAGCUGCUGGAGAGGAAACCUUUAGAGGAGGUCAACACGUUGGUGAAGGAACUGCUGAUGACUCCUGAGACUGGAGGUCAGAUCGACAUGGUGACCCCCGAAAACCCAGCCUGUACCCUGAUCCAGGAGUGUGCUGGUUCAGUUGAAGGAGACCAAACCUCCGUCUGGUUUCCCUGUGAUGAGACGGCGCUGGAGCCUGAAACUGAAGCAAAGAUGGAGGAGCAUGCUGCCAUCAGAGUUUCUUCCACCUGCAGAGCGGAGAGAACCAGCGCACAUGUUUUCCUUUCUAAAACUGUGAUCCGGCCGGAGAUGUGCCUGCCGUGCGGGAAGAGGAUGCGUUUUGGGAAGAUGGCGGUGAAAUGCAGAAACUGCCGUGCAGUCGCUCAUCCAGAGUGCAAACUGAAAAUCAGUGACCGCUGCUUUUCCACAGCCACGACAGGAAGUUCAGCUCAACAGAACUCGUUGGAGGAUUUUGCACCAGUGAUCAACCCCAGAGUGCCUCCUCUGAUCGUGGAGUGUGUGACUGAGAUAGAGAGGAGGGGCCUGGAGGAGAGAGGACUGUACAGAGUUCCUGGAGGGGAGCGUCUGGUGAAGGAGCUCAGAGAUCGAUUCCUCCAGGGGAAAACUCCUCUCAUGCUCAGUAAGGUUCAUGACGUGCACGUGCUGUGUGGUCUGCUGAAAGACUUUCUGAGGAAACUGAAGGAGCCUCUCAUCCCCUUCAGACUGCACAAGACCUUCAUGGAGGCUUCAGAGCUGGCUGAUGAAGACAACAGCACUGCCAUUAUGUAUCAGGCCAUUGCAGAGCUGCCAAAGGUCAACAGAGACACGCUGGCGUUUCUCAUGCUUCACCUGCAGAAGGUGAUGAGGAGUCCUCAGUGUCAAAUGGACAAGAAUAAUUUGUCCCGGGUGUUUGGACCAACUAUAGUGGGACAUGGGAUGUCUGAGCCGACUCCAACAACCAUCAUGAGAGACACAAACACUCAGCCAAAGGUUAUUUGCCGCAUGUUGUCACUCCCUGACGCCUACUGGAGACGCGUCCUCACCAUCCAGACAGAUAAGAUCUCGUCCUCCACCACUAAAACCCACAACCUGAAUGAUGGGCCAGGUCGUUUGUUCGAGCCCUUGACUUCUCCAGAGUUAAACAGCUACUACAAAACUCCCAGCAGAGGAACUCUGAGAGGCAGAAUUAGGAACCUGGGCAACGCUCUCACCAGCACAGGUCGAGCAGAACCAGGGUGGAGGUUCUUUACUUCACCCAACUGAUCCACUGACUUGAACCACAUCCAGACCCUGAUCCUGUACACAGCAGUUCCAGACAUCUGGACAGAAGAACCAAUCACAGGACAGCUGUCUCCGGCUGCCGGCUGUUCUAACCAAUGG